AGGGGAUCCUAGCAUGGAAUCUUGCCUUGCAUUAAAAUAGCGUUCCUUCAUGGUAAUAAGGCUGGGUUCUGAUAUAUUUAGCUAUUAUUUGGGAGUUUUGAGAUUUAUUAGAAUUGAUUUAACUAUUGGACGGCGAAUUUAUUGGAUAACAAUGGCCCAGAGGAGGGGGGGCUCGUUGAUUUCGAAAUAUUUAUGGCCAUCGCCACCCCACCUAAAUAACUACUAAAUAUCAUAGGAGUCAAUUCAUCCCCAAGUGAACAAGAACUGACCUGCACAAUCUAUUUAGCUACAACACCCCAUGCUGGUGCUUCAUCAAUAUCUCCACUCCCCAGCUACACUGUUCUUCUUCGACAAUAUGGAUACCGCCAUUGAUCUGUCUGAUGCCUCCAAGGCGUUGGAUCUUGACAACAUCAGAUUCCAGCUAAUCCGCCUCGAAGAUACCAUAACCUUCCACCUAAUCGAACGCGUCCAAUUCCCCCUCAACAAACCCAUCUACGUGUCCGGCGGGGUCAAAAUCCCAAACUCAGAUCUCAGUCUUAUGGACUACCUACUCCGAGAACAGGAACGUCUCCAAUCGCGCGUGCGCCGCUACCAGUCCCCCGAUGAAUACCCUUUCUUCCCAGACGUCCUCGAGGAGCCCAUCCUCCAACCCAUCCAGUACCCCAAGAUCCUCCACCCCAACGACGUAAACGUCAACGACGUUAUCAAGUCGCGAUACGUCAAUGAAAUCUUGCCCAAUACAUGUCGGAAAUUUGACCGUGAGGACCGUGGCGAGACGCAGGAGAACUACGGCUCCUCGGCAACGUGCGAUGUCAAUUGCCUGCAAGCGCUGUCGAGACGGAUACACUUUGGCAAGUUCGUGGCGGAGUCGAAGUUCCGGAUGGAUCCUGAGAAGUUUGUGAAAUUGAUCAAGGCGGGCGAUCGGAAGGGGAUUGACGAGGCCAUUACCAAUGCUGCGGUGGAGAAGAAGGUGCUGGAACGGCUAAGGCUUAAGGCGAGGACGUACGGUACGGAUCCUGCUGGUCCUGCUACGCCUGAUGGGAACAACCAGAAGAUUAACGUCGAGGCGGUUGUGGCUAUGUAUAAGGAUAGCGUGAUUCCGAUGACGAAGAUUGUGGAGGUAGAAUAUCUAAUGCAGCGUCUGAAGGGUACUGAGUGGGAGUAAUCAUAUACAACAUGCAUGGAUAUGGAAGCAAAACAGCGAAGAGCUUUAGCACGGCGCAAUGGUUUUACGGGACUAUCCACGAUUUACCGGCAAGAUAGAAGGAAACACAAACUAUAGGGUUAUACGUCAUAAACAAAUCAACUAAUGAAUAUUUUCUCAUUUUAUAUACUUCUUCUUCUUCUUCAAGAAGACGGGUUUAGAUAUUCCUUUAAAUCUUUCACGGCCGCUUCAAACUUCGCCGCUUCUAUUAAAACCAAAUGGCCCUGUGGCCGCACGCCAUACUCAUGAAACGCGCGCUUGGAAUCUGACGCCCCUUCCUCCUGUUGUCGGGUAUACUCAUAUCCCCCAUAGCAUAACGCAUGUUUCUGCAACAGCUCAUCCUCCGCGUGGAAAUAGAACAUCUCGUUCUUCUCGUCUGCGCCUUUCUUCUUCUUCUUUUGUGGCCGGUCGUCCUCCUCGUCCAGUUUCGAUUUGACUUCUUCGUAAGUCCGUGAUAAGAUUAGGUAAUGUGUAAAGUUGUAGGGUUCAUUUUCUUCGAGGGCCCAGGCUAUCUCCUCUAGAAGCAUGGUGUACAUAGGUGGGACGACUUCAGCGGGUAUGUUGAUUAGUCGUUCUGUUAAUAUCAGUCCGAUCGCAGGGGGUGUUGGUUGCGUUAAGAGGUUGUCUAAGGGGGAGAGUUUGGCAGAGGAGGAGGAUUUUCGUUGGAUGUAGCUUGUUAGGUCUUUUAUAACUGGUACGUCCUGUGUCAAUUGAAUAAAUACAUGCGGUUAGCACAACAAGGAUUAUCGACAUAUAUGAGUCCGUUG